GAGAGAGAGAGAGAGAAAGAGCGAGAGAGAGAGCUUACAGCCGCGCACACAGCUCCUCCGCCAUUCAGCCAGCCACACUGCGAACUGAACAACCGGGAGGCCCAGGACCCGACAGCAGAACUACCAGACUAGCCAUCAGCUGAUCUUUCCUCUUGUUUAUCACCUGAGACUCUCGACGCACACACACCGACAACAUGCGUGAGAUCGUGCACCUGCAGGCCGGACAGUGCGGGAACCAGAUUGGAGCAAAGUUCUGGGAGGUGAUCAGUGAUGAGCAUGGCAUCGACCCAACAGGAAGCUACCAUGGAGACAGCGACCUGCAGCUGGACAGAAUCAACGUCUACUAUAACGAGGCUUCAGGUGGGAAGUACGUGCCUAGGGCCAUCUUAGUGGAUCUGGAGCCAGGCACUAUGGACUCUGUCCGCUCCGGCCCCUUCGGACAGAUCUUCAGACCCGACAACUUUGUCUUCGGCCAGAGUGGAGCCGGUAACAACUGGGCAAAGGGCCACUACACAGAGGGAGCCGAGCUGGUGGACUCAGUCAUGGACGUGGUGAGGAAGGAGGCCGAGAGCUGCGACUGCCUGCAGGGUUUCCAGCUUACACACUCCCUGGGCGGUGGCACCGGCUCUGGUAUGGGAACUCUGCUCAUCAGCAAGAUCCGCGAGGAGUACCCCGAUCGUAUCAUGAACACCUUCAGUGUGGUGCCCUCUCCUAAGGUGUCGGACACAGUGGUGGAGCCCUACAACGCCACCCUCUCUGUCCACCAGCUGGUCGAGAACACAGACGAGACUUACUGCAUCGACAACGAGGCCCUGUAUGACAUCUGCUUCCGCACCCUCAAACUCACCACACCCACUUACGGAGACCUCAACCACCUGGUCUCGGCCACCAUGAGCGGUGUGACGACUUGCCUGCGUUUCCCCGGCCAGCUCAACGCUGACCUCCGCAAACUGGCCGUCAACAUGGUGCCCUUCCCCCGUCUGCACUUCUUCAUGCCCGGCUUCGCCCCCCUCACCAGCCGAGGCAGCCAGCAGUACAGAGCCCUCUCUGUCCCCGAACUCACGCAGCAGAUGUUCGACGCCAAGAACAUGAUGGCCGCCUGCGACCCGCGCCACGGACGCUACCUGACCGUGGCCGCCGUGUUCCGCGGCCGCAUGUCCAUGAAGGAGGUGGACGAGCAGAUGCUGAACGUGCAGAACAAGAACAGCAGCUACUUCGUGGAAUGGAUCCCCAACAACGUGAAGACGGCCGUGUGCGACAUCCCGCCCCGCGGGCUCAAGAUGGCCGCCACCUUCAUCGGCAACAGCACCGCCAUCCAGGAGCUGUUCAAGCGCAUCUCCGAGCAGUUCACCGCCAUGUUCCGCCGCAAGGCCUUCCUCCACUGGUACACCGGCGAGGGCAUGGACGAGAUGGAGUUCACAGAGGCGGAGAGCAACAUGAACGACUUGGUGUCCGAGUACCAGCAGUACCAGGACGCCACGGCCGAGGAGGGAGAGUUUGAGGAGGAGGGAGAAGAGGAAGUGGCCUAAGGCUAAAAUCAAUCACCAUUUCUCAACUGCACUCGUCAUAACUCCAUCCAACAAUCCAUCCACUUAUCCCACUCCUACUCUGCUCUCUGCUCUCUCUCUCUCUCUGACUUUUGUUUCACUCUCCUCUCCCUCUUCUCUUAUCCUCACAAUGUUUCUGUUUGCUCUUCUCUCUGCAUCUUUCCUCCCUCUUCCAUUGUCGGUCCCCUUCCCCCUCCUAGCUAGAGUAGGAUUCACAACAAUAAAUUGACUCUCCCAUCAUGGUGCUCGUAUAGACGUAGCUAAAAAAGGUGUGCUUGUGGUCUUUUGUCAGUAGCUUUCUGUUUAUCUUCAUUUCUCACCAUCAGUCAAACUGUACCUGGGCCAAGUAUUCAAUUAAACUGUUCAAGUCACGCAAAUUUGAUUGAAAUAAAUUUGUUGGAAAAAUA